GUGACAAAACACGGUGGAUUUUCCCUCAACCCUCUCACAGCAUACAUUUUCACGGCACGUUUUUGCCCUCGGUAGCAGUCGGAACUGGACUGGGAAGUGGCUGAGCGCUGGGCACAAGUGUGAUUUUUCACUGGACUGGAUCGCUGCUUUGGCCACAGAGCUGCUGCUUGGUGGAGCCAGAGAAAAGGAUGGGAGCAGGAGUGAAAGAGCCGUCGCGCCACAAAGGAGGGCAGAGCGGGACACGUGUGUGUGCGCGGGGUAAAGCAGUGUCCUAGAUAUCAAUUACAUCUGAAUUAUUCUCUCGUUUGUUUCUGUCGCCGUUUGGAGCAGAAUUACCCGCCAAACACACACGCACGCGUCCCGGGACGGGCCGUCUCCGUGCGUAAAAGUAGAGUCCGCGCGUGGUUUGGAGUGAACUUUGAGCUCUCCUGCCCUGUCCAGCCAGCACAGACGCGAUAUAGACUUCCUCAUACUUGAUGCUGGCCAUGAGUGAUGGCGAUGUCCGCAGAAUCUGACGCGAGCGGUGCGCAGAGCUGCGCGCACCGAGAGCGCAGCCGCUCGCCAGACCGCAACGGUUAUGUGAAAACAUGUGUGAUUCCAGCGUGCCGUGACCGAGUCUCGCAGUCGUGGGUGAGGCCAAUGCUCACAAAAACAUGGGACUCGCUGGGAGUUGGGAGUGCGGUGUGUGUGGGGUCGCUGUCGAUUCUCCUCGCUCUGCUGGUCAGAUGUGCAGAGAGGAGCGCCGCUGCUGCUGACAGCUACUCUCUCCUUCACUCGCUCUCAGUGGAGCUGCUGCGAACUUGCUGGAGUGUCCUCUCGCCAUUGUUCACCCUUCUAUGUGCCUUCUUCUGGGUCGGGCUGUACUUGAUCCGCUGCGGGGUGCCGGUCCAAACCAGCCUUCUCUUCUUGACGGCGUGUCACCUGGGAGAAGCAGCGCUGUGGUUUCUCCUGGACGGGACAGAUGAGCAGCUGCUUUCUGCCACUUCGGCGGCCGUGGUCGUGCUCGCGUGCGUGGCCACCGGAGCCCUGAUGGUAGUGCGGCUCGACCGGGGCACAUCUGUGGUUGUUUUCAUCAGUUUGGUCCGGACUAUCUCGCUCUUCUCCUUGCACAAAGUCCGCGCCGCUUGGAGACCGUGCGUGGCGUACCUGGUCGGUGUGCUGGGCUUAGUGCUGGCGAGGUAUGCGGACAAGCUCCUUCCCGACCAAGGGAGACACAAGGAGGGCUGCACCCCCGUGACCGGAGCCAAGGAAGAGAUCCCACUAUUUAAAAGGCGCAGGAGGUCCAGUUCUGUGAUAGCGACAGACAUGGCACACAGUCAGUCCAACAGCAAGUCACAUCGCAGGACCUCUCUGCCAUGCAUCCAGAGGGACCAGAUGCUUUCCCGCUCAGACUGGGACCACAAGCGAGGGUCACGAGGAUCACAGUCGUCAGGCACCACUGUCAUGGUGGACAUCGCCGUGAUGGGAGAAGCCCACGGUCUUAUCACCGACCUGUUGGCUGACCCUUCGCUGCCGCCCAACACCUGCACCUCGCUGAGGGCUGUCAGUAACAUGCUCACCACGCAGCUCACCUUCCAGCCGCUGCACCGGCCACGCCCUGUUCCCCUGCUCAACCCCAGUGAUGCUUACGUCUGCUCCGACUCAGAGGAGGGGCCUGAGAAGGGGGAGAAGACGUCCAUUCAUAAGCGUAUCAGGAGAAGUCUUCACCCGGGGCUUCUUAGAAGGAUCUCCUCUUCAUGGACCACCACCACUUCUGCCACAGGCCUGCCGACCAUCGAGCCCGGGCCUGUCCGCAGGGACCGAAGCUCCAGCAUCAAACCCUAUCAUGAAGCGCUCACAUGCAGUUGUGGGAGGCCGUACAUCAAACUGAGCCAUGGAGACGGCUCUCUGGACAAAGGAGACAGGAUACCUCGGUCAGCCGAGGACCAAGUUGUUGUGUCAUCAGACUAUGACAGCACCCACGAAGCCAACAACAGUGACAGCAGCGAUGUAGCACACGCAGAAGAGGACACGGAGGACGGCAAAAGCUCCUCCCAGAAUGUCAUUCUCCAUCCGUUAAUACCUCCCGAGGACAAGCCCAUUCUGGCUCCUGAGCCGUUAAUUAUGGAGGAUUUGGAACCUUUGAUGAGUCAACUAAACAAUUGGAACUUUCCCAUCUUCACCUUGAUGGAGAAGACCAAUGGCAAAUGUGGGCGGAUCCUGAGUCAGGUGUCGUACAGGCUCUUUGAAGACACUGGCCUCUUCCAGACCUUCAAGAUCCCUGUCAAGGAAUUCAUGAACUACUUCCACGCCCUCGAGAACGGCUACAGAGACAUACCGUAUCACAACAGGGUCCACGCCACAGAUGUGCUCCAUGCGGUCUGGUACCUCACCACGCAGGCUGUCCCGGGUCUGCCCAGCCUCAUCAGUGACCACGGCUCGGCCAGUGACUCAGACUCUGACAGUGGGAUAACACACAGUCACAUGGGCUUCCUAGUUUCUAAGACGUACACUGUGUCGGAAGACGGCUACGGCUGUCUCUCUGGUCUCAUCCCUGCGCUGGAGCUCAUGGCCCUUUAUGUUGCGGCGGCCAUGCAUGACUACGACCACCCGGGCCGGACCAACGCCUUCCUCGUGGCCACCAGUGCUCCUCAGGCUGUGCUCUACAACGACCGCUCAGUUUUGGAAAACCACCACGCUGCCGCGGCCUGGAACCUUUUCAUGUCAAGGCCGGAGUUCAACUUCCUCAUCAACUUGGACCAUGUGGAGUUCAAGCGGUUUCGCUUCUUGGUCAUCGAGGCCAUUCUGGCCACCGAUUUAAAAAAGCACUUUGAUUUCUUGGCAGAGUUUAAUGCAAAGGUGGGUGACGAUCCAUCGACGGGUAUUGACUGGUCCAAUGAGAACGACAGGUUACUGGUCUGCCAGAUGUGCAUCAAACUGGCCGACAUCAAUGGACCUCUGAAGUGUAAGGACCUCCAUCUGCAGUGGACUGAAGGAAUCGUCAAUGAGUUCUAUGAGCAGGGGGAUGAAGAAUCCAGUCUGGGUCUUCCCAUCAGCCCCUUCAUGGACCGGUCUGCCCCACAACUGGCCAAACUGCAAGAAUCGUUCAUCACACAUAUUGUGGGACCACUGUGCAACUCAUACGACUCGGCCUGCCUCAUGCCGGGACGACUGGUGGAACCGAGUCCAGAGUUGGAAGAGCAAGAAGUGAAUGAGACUGAAGAGGAGGACGAGGACACGGCAGAGGAAGACUCGUCUACGGGCUCAGAGGCAUCACAAAAAACAGCCCCCAAAAAGAGGAGGAAAGUCUUCUGCCAGAUCACGCAGCACCUGCUGGAGAACCACGAGAUGUGGAAGAAAGUGAUAGCAGAGGAGACGCAGAAACAAGGUCAAGCGCCAGAGUCUGUCCAUUUAAACAAUGUAGCUGAGCCAAUUUUGGCAAUCCACGAGGAGGAGGAGGAAUCAGGGAGUAGAGAGGAGCUGGUGGAAGGAGAGGAUCCCGAGGAGGAACCUGAAUGGCCCGUGAGUCCUCAGGAGGACUCCAAAGAGGAGCUAGAGGACGAAGACGCUCAGUGAAGGAAGGAUUUCUACGACUCCUGUUCUUGCCAGCACAUCACUUAGACACAACACUGUAGAUGUUUGGGAAUUGCGUGCCUAUAACGAAACAACACAGGGUGGAAAUCUGAAAAAUCUGUGCUUUACACAUUUUAUCCAAACACGUGGUUCCACCGAACAUUUAGAGGAACUAUUUAAAAUUGCAAUACUAGUGUACUUUGGGGUGAAGGCUCUUUUGCUACUGUCAAGAGAAGAAGAGGACGACAGCUCACAGACCUCAACCUCGGCGUGACGGCACAGAACUGCAGACACUUGCUGCCAAUUUAUACAUAGUUAUUUUCUGAAUGCAAUUAUCGACACAAGUCACACUUUCUUUUUUUGAGUUUGUUUAAAUCUCACCUGCAUCCUAAUAUAUAUAUAUAAACCGAUGUAAAGAGAGUAAGUCUGAAGAAAAUCAGUGGUAGACAUUUUUUUUUUCCAGCCAAAAUCACUCUCCCACAGAUAUUUAUGAAUUUUACUGCUAUCAUGUGUUGCCAAACUUUUUUACCGCGUUGUCACGUUCUUCCUUUUGCUGUUUCCAUCGCCGUUGAUCUCCAACCUUUUCUUUUUUAUCCAGAAUCUAAUGAUCUCGCCUGGCGUCGCGCACUGACAGCAGUGUCUCGCUGCAGAUUCUGUUGCAACAAAAUUGUGAAAGGUAUCCAAAAGUCUCUGCCAAACAGAUGUUUGCUGUGUGAUGCCAUUUGCAGUUUAUUGCGAGAGCCUGCGACUGACGCUGGAUUUUAACCCUCAGGAAACUUUUACUUAGCACUCAAGAUCCGCAUUAUAUAUGAAGACAAAGUGAUGCAUAAUGAUAUCAGUUGAUGCUUCUUUUCCCACAAGAAGAAGAAUUGGGAAAAUUGUACGACUCUGAUUCCGAAAACAAAGAGUGACUUGGAGUUACUCAGUGUCUGUUUAGUUCAGCACAUCUUGACUUCACCAUAACCUAUAUGUUUCUCACUCUUCAAACAAAACCUUCUAUACUGACCAUGUUUCAGAAUUUUACCUGUUAUUUCUCACCUUUUCAGCUGAAGGUGUCUCUCUAAAAUAGCUUGUGGCCAGAUUAAGCUGCUCUAAAUUUGAAUAAAUUCAAUCUCAUCUCACUCAGAAUGGAGUGGUUUGCCCCAUCCAUGUCAGAAAUGGCAUCCUUCCUGACUAUUUUGAGCACUUGUGUGGGCGUGAAGGACUGAAGUAGCAUGAGAUCCAGAGGUGAACCAAUGUCGAAACAGAAGUAGAAGUUGUUCUCCUCCCUAACCUACUAGCUUAAGCUUUUUAGUGAGGAAAAAGAUAGGAUACAAGCAUCUGAUUUUAGUAUUCUCUAUAGGAUGUCUGGGCUCCUCUGAGGUUGGGUGAGGAUCUCCAUCAUCUGGGAUUGGAACACCUCCACAUUGAGGUUGCUCAGGGGUAAACCAAGGACACAAUGGAGAGAUUAUGUCUCUAGGCUGUCUGGGAAAGCGAAGGUAUUACCCCACAAAAGCUGGAGGAAGAUUCUGUGCGCCUCUGUUUAGAAUGCUCCCGUCAUAAAUAUGGAUACAUGGAAGAAAACAGUUGGAUGGAGCAUCAGCUUCUGAGGCAGCACGUAACUGAUGGAUUAUAUCAAUAUAGCAACCACAACAUUUUUUUGUUAAAUUCUUCCAGACAUUACAUUUGUUAUCUGACUCAUACGUUGAAUUUAAAUAGUACAAAUACUGCGUAGGUCUAUGCCAAAAUAUAUUGGUGCUUCCAUCAGAGUAUAACCAGGGUACAAUGACAGAGCUCCUGACACGAAGUAGAAGUACUCGUCCAGUAUAAGAAGUAUAAAUCCCAGUUGUCUAAAUGCUCCCAGAAAACCUUUGAGAAAUAAAUGAAUGUCGUGAGAUUUCAGAAAUUUGAAGGACUGAAAUGUCUCCUAGAAGCUCGGCAACCUUUGUUGAUAAAGCCAGUUGUGUUGUAAAUCCUACCCUAGUUUUCAACUUUAUAAAGAUACUAUACAAAUACUAUUUCUUUUCAAGGUCCAACAGGGUAUCGUUUUUCUCCGGCUACUACGUUCCCACAAGCUUAAUCAGAUACGCAUCACAUGGUUGCAUCUCUUCUUCUACAUAAUGCAUCACAUUAAUAUGAUCAAAAAACUAAAAAAAAAAGUAUAAUUGCCACCUCACGAAAAGAUUUGGUGGUCACAAAUUAUUCUGGAAAUCUCCAUGUGUGGUCACAAAGCGUCUCAGGGAGGCUUGUCGCUGGGGAGUCCAGGUUUCGGAAAAGAUCAUGUAUUUUUCAGCAAAUUAAACACAAAGCGACUUUGUUUUCUGUUGAUAAUCUGAAAACAGUUUGAGGAGUCAAGUGUGAGUAAAACUGCAGCAGACUUACGAGUGAGAAUCAUAAAUAUCAAUGGAACACUUUUCACUAACUGCUCAUGGUGUUUUGCAGUAGCUGAUGUAUUCAUCACUUUUGACAUCAUAAAGUAUCAAGAAAAUAAGAGUUGUAAUAUGGCUCCACAUCUCAAUAGGCUGUGGGUUUGACGCUUUCACUCUCCCGGUUUCCUCUCCCAUUUGAUGUCACAUUCUUUAGAUUUAUCAGAGUCUACAAAUGUGUAUGUGAAAUGUGUAUUCUCUGUUUGUCAUCCAUCCCGCACCAUCCAAGGCUCAGAGUGCACAGGUGCCCAUGAGAAACGCUGUGGAACAUCACGUUGGAAAUUGCGAUGUAUCUGAAAAUUUGUCAGUUCAUGUUCAAUUUAAAUCUUCCUCACCUCUUUGACCUUAUCUGGACUGUUAGCUUUUAUCACAAGAGAGAAGCUACACAGCAAUGAAUUAUUCUCAGAUGAAAUUGCUAUUCGCCUCAAAUUCUCCGAGUGCUUCCUUUUGACGACCUGCGGAGCUGAAGACCUUACACCGCGAUGAAACAGUGAUGUUAUUGCUUCCCUCCACACUGUUGAAUUGUCACGUUGAAUUUAUGCCUGUGAUUUAAAGGGAUCUAUUGUUUUUGUUUGUUCUUAUACUUGGUCACACUUGUAGCAUAAUUCUACUCAUGCAAAACCAAACAAGCUUUACAAUAAUGUAGAGUUUAGAGUAUUUUUAUAUAGCUGACACACCAGAACAUCAUUUCUUCUCACAGUUCCUUGCACUUGUAGCUUGUAUUAAUCCUUACACAUGAAAGUAUACACCCAAAUACACAGAAUUUGUGGGGGAAUUAAUAAUAAUAAUAAUAAUAAUGAUCUUCAUUUGCAGGAAAAUGCUCCAUUUUGUACAAUAAACAUAUGCUGUACAGUGAUGAAAUUUUAAAACUACAAAAACUUUUAGAUAAACUUUAUUUAUUUUUACCAUUUUGUAAUUUAGACACUAUACUGUAGCUUCAAUAUUGCCAGACUUACUGGAAGUGCCUAUUGGUAUUAUGUAUCAUACAGUGAAUAUAUUUGGAGAUCAUUAGAGGUUGUCACACGCUGAACUAUGUGGUUGUUGUAAUGUGAAUACAUUGAAUUACAAGAC